GCAUUUUUAGAGCUGCCGCACUAUCUGGUGUUUCCACUAGAAUUCAUGAGGUUUUGGAAUUAUGUGACAGAAUAGAACAAGACUAUGUUGGUAAAGAUUUAUUGCGAGCUGCCGAGUUGGAUGUCAAGGAUCAAAAAACAGUUGAUGAAUUUCUCUUGAAAUUGGAUAACAUUCCAAAUAAAUCAAACCUUGAUGCAAAUGCGAUUCCUAGUAUAUCUUUUGGAGUCGCUAAAGCUGGUGCUGCUAAAAAGGUUUAUCAUUCUUUGAAAUCUGUUAUCAAAUCAAAAUAUGGUCAAGACACUACUAAUGUUAGUGAUGAAGGUGACUUCGCUCCAAACAUACAAGACAACAAAGAAUGUCUUAAACUACUUAAAGAUGCUAUUAAAAAGCUGGUUCUAACUAUAAAAAUAGAAG